CGUAAACCGUAUCCCUUCAUUCAUCAGGCCGUUUCCUGAAGCCAUUUCCAGACGGGGGAAACGAGAGUUGCGCUACUUUUUAAUCCGUUGCAUCUGCCUAAAUGCACCUUCAGGAGGAAAAAUACUUGACAAAAGUCGAUAGUUCAGACACUCGUCUUCACUUUGGUCUGAUUAUUUUUGUCACUAUCGCGGCGGAUUAGCGGCCAUACGGGCUCGAAAGUUGAGAGACAAGAAAGGGGUUACCCCGAAUACGCAAGAUGAGAAGAGGGAUCUCCUCGGCUCCGGACAAAGUGAUUUUAGCGGGGGUUGGGGGCUCUCCUCUGGACAAUAAUAUCAUUUUAACCACACUGUCGGAUCGGUUAAACCCCGGACAGUCGAACGCGACGUAUAUCCAAAUAAUAACCACCCCACCGCCUUGCAACGUUACACAGACAUCCAGUGUGUGUUUAUCCGAGCCUCAGGUCAACAACAUUUACACAACUCCACAACAAGCUGCAGCCAACGGAGCCGGACAACGACCCGCUCUGGGGAGACCUCCGGCCAAAAGGCGGUUGGCGCUCGAUGAUUCAGACCACCAGUACCAGUCAGAACCAGCCAGAACUCCACGAGGCCGAGGAGGCAGCUCAGCGGCCAACGGGGCUCGGUUAAAGACACCCAGAAGUAAGAAGCAGACGGCUACGAGAGGCCUUCGGACAUCCUCGCCCAAAUCUCCUCCAGAGAAGACGCGAUAUGACACAUCUUUGGGCCUGUUAACGAAAAAGUUUGUCGACCUUCUUGCUCAGUCUUCUGACGGUGUUCUGGACCUAAAUCUUGCUGCUGAAACCUUACAGGUACAGAAAAGACGCCUUUAUGAUAUCACCAAUGUGCUAGAAGGAAUCCACCUCAUCAAGAAGAAAUCGAAGAAUAACAUUCAGUGGAUGGGCUGCAGUCUGCUGGAGGUAGAGGGAACACUGACCCAGAGACAAAGACUGACGGCUGAAGUUUCUGCACUCGGUGAAGAAGAGCAGAAACUCGAGCAGCUGAUCCAGAGAUGCAGCCUGGAUAUGAGGCACAUGAGCGAUUUGGCAGGCAACCAGAAAUAUUCUUAUGUAACAUACCAAGACAUCAAACAGCUGGGAAACCUCCGAGAUCAGACUGUGAUUGUCGUCAAAGCGCCCACAGACACCAAACUGGAAGUUCCAGAUCCUGAUGAGAGUUUGUCCAUCCACCUAACCAGCACCAAGGGUCCGAUAGAAGUCCUGCUGUGUCCAGACGAGGAGAACGACCCCAGGAGUCCAAUAAAAAACGGAAACACAGAUAUUAAUGGGAACUCGCCUUUCCUCAAAGUAGUUCAAGAUCCCAGCUGCACAGCUCCUGCUCCGACUCCCUUCCUCUCUCCACCUCCCUCUUCCUCAGCCGUCUCCGUCACCACUCUCUCCCCCAUCUCGUCCCCGUACACCAGCCUCCUCCAGCAGACAGAAGAUCAGAUCCCUGCUUCUCUGGGGCCUUUCCUAAACCUCGGGCCUCCUCUUCUGGACCAAGAUGAUUACCUUCUAGGUUUGGGAGAUGAUCAGGGAAUUAGCGACUUGUUUGAUGCCUGUGACUUUGAUAAGAUGCCUUCACUGGGUCUGGAUGAUCUCCUGUGCAGCUAGCAUUAGCUAAAGCACAUAGCUGGGGAUGAAACACUGAGGGCUUUUUCUGUGUCAAAGGGGCUAAACACCAUGUUCCCUCAUGGUGUGAGUGAUAAGUGGCCUGGUCAGUGUGAAGCCUUUACCGUCUUUAUUUUAGUGGACGAUGAUUUACAGGUGGUUGGUGAAGUUUAAAUGGGGACAGGAAGGUUGUCCACGCUCUCUGUAAGGUGAUGCUGUACAGAGAGAACAACAAAGAGCUAUAAGAAAAACUCCCCAACACCACCUGGCAUUGCUGCGGUUCUGUGAGGUUUGAUUUAUCAGUACAAUGAUCCAAAGCCAUCAGUAGAGCAGUGAAGUGUUGUUAAAUCUGUAAGAAUCCUGGUUAAAUCUGUCCUCUGAUGCAUCUCCCAUCAGCUGUACAGAAUCAUCCAGGUAAACCUUAGGAAGUGUUAAUGCCAGGUGUUGUCAGGACGAGAUUCUGAAGGGUUUUUUACUGUUUUCAUUCAACACCAAUGAUCUGUGAUUGAAGGCUCAUACUGCUGACUGUUAAAUAGAAAUCUUUUGUGUGCAAAUGUAGAACAUUUUAGAAAUUAAAGGAACUAUAAAAAGACAACAGGACGAUUGUUGUGCACGGCACUCAUGACUCGGUUACGGUUUGGUCAGGCAGACAGACUGGUCACCUGUUGGGUUGCUUGUUACAUAUCUGGCCUUCUGAUUCUAAAGUUAGAGUAUUCAUACUGUAUACAUUUAGGCGUUCCUCCAUAUUGAAACUUAGCAUGGAAGAAUGUUCUGGACUACAAAUUUAAACUGUAAAAUGGCAUCAAAAAAUAACAGGAGUGUGUACUCUCAAUGCUCUUAAACAUCAGUCUGUCAUUAAAUGCAAAUUUUCACAGUGCAAUGAUGAAUACAAAAAGAAGUGACGCCUGGCCUCACAUAACCCAGAAACUUUUUAGUUGCUAACAGAGAAAAGCCAUCACUUCUUGGGUAAUGUGGGGUUUUGCUGAACCACCGGAUGUUUAAUUCUGGCCUGUUCAGAUGUGAUGCACAAAAAAAAAAAAAUAAUAAUAAUAAAUCUUCUCCAACUCUUAUUGAUA